AAAUUAUUUGACCUUUACUUCGUAUUAUUUACUUACUUUUAUCAAGAAUUACUCAUGCAAUAUGCUGUUUUGAAAAUUCUGCAUAAAGUUUAUGUGGUAAAUAAGAGAAAAUAAUAUUUUGGAAAGAAUUACUUGUACACUUAGAUGUUUAGUUCGAUGUCUAUUUUAAAAAGGCAUAAGCUGAAUAUCUUUUUGAACAAUCAGGUGAGGCUAGUUUCCCUCUUAUUUUUAGAACAACAGGGCUGCUAUACAUCAUCAUCAUGUUCUGUCUGUCGGAAAAUAAAGUGUAGUUGAGACUAAGUGAAAAGUGAAAACUCCAAGUUAUCAAUGUAAAUACAAGAACCAAAAACCCUCGUAUGAAGGAAAACAGUCAAGGAGUACUAGCUAUUUAAAAUUUACAAUAAAGGCACAGUGCAGAUGAGAUGAGAUCGAACUCAGAUUUGUCAGCUCAGAUGCAGCUAUGGGAGAUGUCACCCUUGUACUUGUUUGCUUAUGUGUAGAUAAGAAUACGAUCCUAGUACCUGGCAUCUGUCAGUGUCUAGCUACUACUGUUCAUAACGAAAUGUCAUAGUACGUCCACAACCCAACCAACAGAAAAUUGACACGUGCUUGUACAUCCAAAUAUCCAAUCUAAAUAAUGGCUGGGCUGAAUCUGAUGUAACCUUUUCAAAGUUUGCUCUGACGUCUAUAGUGUACAUGAGCAACUUGUUCUUUUCUAUGCAUAUGGGAGAAGAUUCAUUGAAAGUACUCUAGUAACAAGAGAGAAUCUCUAUACUUUGGAGCUAGUAUAUUCAGAUGCGGUGUGAUCUUGUUGCCUGUCGCACUCGGUAGUACUCAAAUUAUUCAGGUUUAGUAUGGUGUUACAUUGAAGCUUAUAGAAUUAAGGGCCUGUUUGGUUCAAAUACUAAGUAUGGCAAUGUUUGUCAUUUUUCUUUCAAAUACAUAUCUAAACUUAAUCCAUUCUCUCCGGGGAAGCCAGUUCAGUUCCUUUCUGGUAGCAAGAGAUCGGUAAAGAUCAAAUCUGUUUAUCAAAGUGCUUCUCUAAUUGCUCAAGACAUCUCUUUUCAACUGAGGAACAAUCCAAUGUCAUUUCGUUCCUCUCGGCUAUAUAUUCGUACGCAUUUCUAACUAUUCUUUUGAAACGGUCAAAAUCGGUGCCACACUUGAUAUAAUUUUGUCACACUUUUCCAAGUCAAUGGCACAUAGGACCUAUAUUUGAAUGGUCAAACUUGCCUAUCUUGUGUUGUGGCAAAGUGUGGCAACCUUACUAUGUGUACCAACCAAACCCGUGUUUUGGAACUUAAGACAUUUAAUGCAAUAUUUGAUGCAUGUGGGGAGUGGUCACAAUCAUAGUAGCCUGGUUCGAGGCGCAACGGUCUAUUCCCUAAUCCGGGGUCGAUAGACAGUGGUGAGUUCAUGGAGGUUUACCAGGCAAUCUAAUCCGUGAAAGAUUUUGGACUUUGUUCAUCUAACUUCCGAUCAUCAAGCUGUUGCAUGACCCUCUUCCGCCACUGCUAGUACGCGGACUAGAAGGUCUCGUGAUGCCCUACCCUACUCCGAUGCUUUCACCAUCGUUGGCCAUGGCUUGGUUGCUUGGUAGUAGGGAUUAGGGAAGGCAUGUCUUUAGGAGGGAGCAGCGGCCCAACGGAAGGGCGCUGGAGUUCUUGGAACCAUGAGCUCCGGCGCACCGCGUGGGAGAUUAUAAAACGAAGCCAUGUUUUGUUGGAGCUUUAGGGGAAGACGUCUGGGGAAAGUUUCGAGUAAUGAUUCCUGUGAAGAUAAUCGGAAUGAGGAGAUUGCCAUCUUAGUGUGUUGUGCUAGAUUUGUAAAUGUGAAGUUUCUGGCGUUUUUCCCUCUAAGCGGUAUUAGGAAAUAAUCACAAGAAAAUAAUUUUCUUUUGAAGUAAAACAACUGAAUCUUUCCCUCCAUGUCAUGUUUUGUUACGGGUCAUCGACCCAAACUUAUCGGAAUGGGGAUCGCGAUCCAUGUCUCAAAAUGACGUCAGAGAGGUAUGCCCUACGUCACACCUCGCCCCGGAGGUGUGGUGACCCAUGCCUCCGUUCCUCGACCCGGGCGACACGGUUUCCUGGCAACUAUGGUCGCAACACGCGAUGUAGUGACAUCAGUUGUAUCUAAAACAUGCCAACUAGGCAAACAUGUACUACCAACUGUUGACAAAAAAGAGAUAUGUUGUAUUUUAACCUUAGACACGACUCGUAUAAUGGAACCAGAGUCAAAUUAUACCCUUUUUAUCUCAUAGAACAUAUUGAAUUAUAACUCAUUUAGCUAUAAUAAGAAUUCACUCUACCAUUUCCAGAAUAUAAGAAGUAAAUUUUGUCCUAAAUCAACCCUUGUAAAGUUUUAUUAAGUAUAUAUAUAUUUUUUACAACAUUACGGUAUCGAAUACUCACUCAUGUUUUUACUCUGCAAAUCAGGCCUCGUGAGGACAAGCCUGUAACCAAUAAUUAAUUAGUCUACUAGUAUGUAAUAUAUGACAUAAAAUUGGUGCCAUUAGAUUCGUAUUCGUAAGUAUCUUUAUGAUUAUGAUUUUGUAUCACAAAAGUUACAUAUUAAUAAUGUAAUUGUUGGUCAAAGGUUUGUCCUAACAAGACCUAAUAAUAUUCGGAGUAAAAAACUGAGACUAAUACAUUAUGAAUGACCUAUUUCAUGGCUUAAUAUAUGGCAUUAUAUUUUGGGAUGGAGAGCGUACAAGCUACCAUAAGAGUUUUUUUUUUUGAAAAGCUACAAGAAGAGUUGUAUAUCUGCAUAUAUCAAUUGUUCAUAUGACCUGGCUUAAGAUAUAAUCCACCGAACUGCCAUAAGCUGCUGAAAUCACGCUGGUUUUUGUAAGAGGGUAUUUGGAUUAAAUGUUCCCAUUUCUUUGUGAGCAAUUAAAUUUUUUAAAUCAACUUGUUGUGCUCCGAAACAUCCAGACAGACGUUACUGUCCAUAGGCAGGGAGGUCGUUGACAAUAACCCAAUCUCAAGGGUAUGAUUGUAAGUUUCAAAUUACCAAGAGACAUUGCUGUACUGCGGCCAAUCUACCCGCCAUCGCGCACCGCCCAGGACGAGGCUCCAAGCCCUCUGGGAGGCCGGACAGCAAGGCCCCACGCACCUGUGGCUACUCACACCUAGCCACGUAAAGGGUUGGGGCUCGUGGGCCCACCGUUAGCACGGCCAAUCAAGGCUCGACAACGCCGUUUCUAAUCUAUCCGACACGGCCCGCUGUUUACGAUUACCACUGCCGAGGGUCACCUCGAGAACGAGACGCAGAGAAAAUAGGAGAAAAAGGCGAUUAUGCCUUUUCGUUUCUAUAUAUUUCUAGGUGAUUUUUCUUGCCCUCACACUGCUUCUUUUUCCUUUUACUUUUCCCGGCCGGAUUCUUUACUGGAAAGAGGGAAGACCAGGGCGUACGCAUGCCACCUUUCGCGGCCGUGGGGGUUGAAAAUGGCUGCUCCUAUUGGAUGAUGGGAAAAGGUACCACAAGAUAACGUCUUGGGGCCUACCGCCGGCGACCACAUCGCAUCGGGGCAUGCCUUCGGUACCACACGCACUGAUGACUGCCAGUAAUCACUAAGCAGUGCAUUAAGGACGGUCGAUGCCGGCAGUUUCUUGUGUGUAAUAUAUAUACAAAACAGGCAGGGGGCAGCAAAAGCCAUAGACAGCGGAGGGACCACCAUGGAUGGUGUUCAUGGAUGCUGGACAGUUGCAGAUAACUCACCUAUCCUUUUAUUCUAUGUUGUACUCGCCUUGGGAGCUGAAUCAUGGAGAUGCUGCCGGUUUUAGCCAUGGUGGUGGGGCUUCAUCAAGUUCUUGUUGGGGUAAAAAUGGAGCAUGGAGUAAGCUAAGAGAUGAGCCAUAUUUGGCAAGGAAGGAUAAGAGCAUCAUGUUAAUAGCGAACGUAACAAGCUGCACCAUCAAUUUGGACAAGUUGGAAUUGUUGGGUACUGGAAUUUUUCUUGGGUCUUCCUCGACCCAUACGGAUUCAACUCCUAUCAAAAAGGUAUGCAUACACGAGAUCAAAAAGGGAGUUAGAGGAGGCAUACACAAGAUCACCACGAACAACAAGCAGAAGCUGGCCAAAACAGCAUGGCUCAACGAAUGAGAGUUCAAAGAGGGCUGCCAAGUGCCAACUUGAUCGGUUUGUUGUACCCGCUGAGUCAGACAAGAUGAACAACUAGAUGCUGGGGGAGAACAUCGACCAGGGAAAAUAUUUCGCAUGCAUCACUGAAGUUGCUCUGUAGCGGUGUACAGUUCCAGGCAACAGUGCAGGUCAACACGGCGCUGCUACACAAACUCGGCAGCUUGAUACAUACAGUACAAGAAGCCUAUUAAAGCCAGCAGCAUAUCACUUAAUCAAAUGAAUUACAAUUCCCAUGACGGCGAACUGCAUUGUUACUUUGUGCGGAAGCCUAUCAAAGUUUCGACAUAAACACGGGCGCCGCUGAAUUCUGAGGCCGCGAACCCCCUCUACUAGCAGGCACCUGCAACAAAAAUUGACGACACAGUGAGGACCUCUAUGUGUGCUAUACAUCUUCAGAAAGGGCGCAUCAGGAAUGCGUGUUUGAUCAAAUUGGUAGCAGGUGAUACGAGUAUCAAUGCUAUCAUGCAUGUGGCUGUUCUAUUUUGAUCCUCCUUUCUGAAGAAACCUUUUUUUUUCGAACUCCUCUCGAAGUAACUAAAAAAAAAAUGAAACUCCAUGGGCACUAGCACCCACGGUUUUAUUGAUAUAGAAGAAGCAUCCCUCAUGA